GUGAACAUGGACCUUUGCCGGUGAGCUGCUACUAGGUGCUAGCAUCUCUGAAUCAAGGAGCAACAUUUUUUUCUCUUUUCGUUUUGCCUUUACAUUUGUUAGACAGGACCGCUGUAUACUGCAUAUAGAUUGGGUUUUUAGGGUUUCCACACGGUUUCUUCUCAUUUUAGGAGUCGUCGCUCUCCAUUCACAAUUCCAGCUGCCGUAGAGAGUACUUACCAAUUACCAAAGUACUACAGCGGUUUCUCGAUGGCCUUUCUCUUCAACAAAUUUCAAGAGUCCGUGAAGGUGCUUGCUAAAUUUCCAACAUUUGCAAGAGAUCCAAGACAUGUUCAGUUUGAAUCAGAUAUAAAUCGCCUUUUCCUUUAUACUAGAUGAAUUUGGUACAUUCACCCAGUACAAAGACUCCCUGAAGCAUUCUUGUGCCUUGUGUUGAGACUUGAGUUAGUUGGAAGUUAGCUGGGGUUGUUACUUCUGCUGGGCUCCAUAGCCCUUCUAUUCUCCUUUGGUUGGGCUUUUAGCCCUUGUAUAUAAGUAGUGUUGACUACCCACUAUUGCCCUAGUACUCUGCAACCACCAGCAAAACUGACGGGGGUCACAAAUUAUCAACUGUGGAAACAUUGGAGAUUGAAAUCAACCUCAGGCCUCAGCACAGAGAGAAAGGUAGGGUUCGUCAAACUAACACUUGCAAAACCCACUGAAUGUGUUGAACUGGAGGAGUGGGAGAUCUGCAGGUUGCAACUCACUGGUUAUAUCAUGGCUUAGGAAUAGGAUAAGUGAAAUCAUAGCCAAUUCCAUCCUGUACCUGAAUUAUGCUUCUGAAAAUUUGGAAGCAGUUUGUGAAUCGCUUUGCAGUCAGUAAUGGUGCUCAGAAAUAUAGAUUCAAGAAGCAAUAACAACCCAGUAUAAUCCCAACGUCGUAAGGUCUAGGGGGUCUAGAUGCACACAACCUUACCCCUGUAAAAAUAGAGAGAUUGUUCCUGUUAGACCCUUGAUGCAUUGUCAAAACUUAAUUGGAAGUAAUCAAAUGAAGUUUAAUGUUCCAUUUGAUUUUCUCCUUUAUUUACUCAAUGUUAAAAUAUUGUCAAUUAUGACUCUUUUAGCUCCAUUGUCAAUGGACAUAAUAUAUUGAAUAAGCAGAUUUGUGUAAAAUAAGCAAAGUCACCUGAGUGUGAGUGAGUACUACACCAAACUGCGGAGUUUUUGGGAAGAACUGGAUGGCAUGAUGCAGUUUCCUUCGUUAAAGAUUAUCAAUCGCAGAGAGUGAAUUGCUGAUGAUGACCCCUUCACUCCUUUGAUAUGAAAGUAACGAAGUCCUUGAUAUAAAGGCACUUAUGAACCACCACCGUCUGGGGAAGGAAGCUGAUGAAAAAGAUGCCGAAGAGAUUAUUGAUAUGGCUAGUAAUGCCCCCCUCAAUGAUCAACAAAAGCAAGUUCAGGAAAACGUUCAUUCUCAAAUUGAAACCUUCUGUACUUGUAUGUGUGAGAUUUUAUUGCCUGAUUUGAAGAGCCGAGAUGAGCCCCAAUCACUCUCUGAAACUAUUAACCCACCUCGUCGUGGUGGUCUUAGUCUCGCCGUUGGUGGAAGUUCUCCAUUGAAUAAUUGCUCCGCUGUUCCUGAAACCAAGGGUCUAAAGCGUGCAGAGGUUUCUCAGAGGCUGAGGGAGCUUAUUGGUUACACACUUGAAAUCAAACCGUCUCAAAUUCCUCAUGAAGAUGCUGGCCUUGGUUUAUUCUUGAAUGGGGAAGCGGAUCCUGGUGCUGUUAUAGCAUUCUAUCCUGGUGUGAUCUACUCUCCAGCAUACUACCGUUACAUCCCUGGAUACCCAAGAGUUGAUGCACAAAAUUCAUACUUGAUCACCAGGUAUGAUGGGGCAGUGAUCAAUGCAAAGCCCUGGGGUGCUGGUGGCGAAUCUCGUGAAAUGUGGGAUGGAUCACAAACCACACCUCCCCCGGUUAAAGCCCAAAACGGCUCUGACCGAAUCUGGGCCAUGCUUAGUAAACCCUUGGAUGGCACAAGUGGUGGAGGAGGGCAUAAAGGUGGUCAAGUGUUGGAGAGGAGGAACCCUUUAGCAUUUGGACAUUUUGCUAAUCACCCAGCAAAGGACACCACCCCAAAUGUCAUGAUCUGCCCCUACGACUUUACCCUCAGCGGUGACCAUGAGGGCUUGAGACCUUACAUCCCAAAUGUUUCAUUUGGAAAUGGGGAGGAGGUGAGGAUGAAGAAAUUAGGCAGCUUCUGGUUUAAUACAUGGAAAUCAAGCGGCACUGGGGAAGACACCGUUCCUGUCCUUAAGUCUCUUGUUCUUGUUGCUACUCGACCUAUUUGUGACCAAGAAGAAGUGCUCUUGAAUUACAGAUUGAGCAACUCAAAGAGAAGGCCUGCUUGGUAUGUUCCGGUUGAUGAAGAAGAGGAUCUAAGAAGGUGGAGUUAAGGUAUACUCGCACCAAACAUAUUAUUGCUCUAUAAACCUCGCGGGGAAACACUGAAUUUAAAUUUCAAAAAAUGUACUCAUUGCCUUCGUUCCUUAUUUGGGUUCUCACUUAUCUUUUUGGACGUCGUAUAAUAAAGUUUUCAUUCUUUUUUUAAGAAUGAGUUGUGACCAUAUUAUGUCUUUAAGUUUUGCAUAAAUUUUUACCAGGUAG